AUGUCUUCUGGAAUCAUUACAUCAUAUUUGAAUCAAAGAAGAAAUAAAUCUUUUUGGGGCUUUUUGUGUCGUUAUCGAGACACGAUAGUUGCCACCACUUCAACUACUUCCGCCUGGCGAGGCCUUAACGAUUCCUGGUCCGAACGUUUUUUAGCUGAAUCAAAAGGACUAUUAAACCCAACUGACUUUGAUAACUUGGAAAAACAGGUGUGUUCUUUUCUAUUUUGCAAAGGGAGGGUAACUCCUAGUCCUCUACUCAGGCAUCCUAACUUUGUCGUUGGUAAAGGUCUACUGAUUCCGGAGGUCGAAUCGGUUAUGUGUCUUUGGACAUCCCUUUAUUAUCUGAUUCCUCUAUAUUAUAGU